AUGGUUCAUAUUGGUCCUUACGUGCGCUACGAUGCUAUCACGGACGGUGACCCGUUCACGUCAGUGGUUGCAGCACACGGUAACAUAAUAGUUGCAGGGACGCUUUACGGUGACUUAUACCUGAUAUACGGUGACAAACGUGAACUUAUAUACACGCAUCAUGGGUCAGUUGUCGAAGUUCAGGUCAGGAAAUGUCAUCUGGAACAACUUAGUGACCACGUCUGUGUUGUAUGUGCCACAUCACUCGGAUACAUAUACGCCCACCUGGUAUCGCUGACCAAAGUUUCAGAUUCCAGGGUAAUAUAUAAACUAAGGACGGGUCACAAUGUUAUAGGAUUGGCGCUACAUCCCAAAUUUGUCAUAAGGCACAGAGUCAUACGUGAUCGCAGACCACGGGGGCGAGUAUCGACUGAUCUACCACAGCGUAACGUAGACGGAGGAAUAGAACUAGGUGCUAGUUUGAUAGGUUCCAAAGAGAUUGGUGGUGAAACGUCAAACGAGGAAAAUGCUGACACGGACAUAUCACCAAAUAACGUAUAUAAGGUCGCCUCUACACGUGACACCGCAACCACCACGACUAACAAACGAAGGGAAACGUAUGAUUUGAGAAAUGUUAUCAUGUCAUUAAAAGAAAAUCGUAGCAAACGUCUUGGAGAUAUGAAAUAUACAGAUUCGUCUGUGGUUUUUGCACUGCAAAAUGGAGGUGUAUACCUACUCAUGCUAGACAAAAUAAGCAGAAAUGGACCGGAACGGGCAUGUAACCUUUUACAUAAAUCCACAGAGAUGUACAGGGGCAUCCCAAUGGUGUGGUAUAGAGACAUGAUAGCAUGGGCAGACGAAGAUGGGACACACGUGUUCUUGCUCCCCAAAGGUGUUACACUGGCCUUCCUACCACAUCAGACCCCUUUGGAGACGAACGACGGGAAACUAGGUUCCCUAAAAGGAUGUAUACAUCUGCAAGAGGUUCUAGAUAUGGACGAAUUCUAUGUCACAUCAGAUGAAUCGGAAGUGGAAGAUACGGAAAAAGGUUGCACAGAUAAUGCCAUCAGUAAUGAAGGAAAGGAUAUUUUGGAUCAAAUCACUGAAAUGCGUACGGCUGCCGAGUGUCUCCAAAAUCUCUCUUAUUACAAGUAUCCGAGGAAAGUCGUGUCUCAACACACCAUAGAAGAGAUAUCGAUACCGCAACAAAUGGCGCAUUUGAAGUCGAAAUCAGUCCACACUCUCCGUACAGACUGUGGUAGUUCCGACACUGAUAUUUCUACAUCAAAUGGUUCUAAAGAAAGAACUGAUGGCUUCGGGAUCACCAUCAGAGGGGAUGUAGAUAGUAACUCUAAGCCUGUUGGACAAAGAACUACGGAUGCCGAGUAUGCAAUAACCCAACCAUCAAAUUGCUCUACCAGAUCAGAUACGUCAAACAGUACUUCAUGCGCGAACGAUUGCGAUCACAUGUCUAGUGAAUUUCAGAGCAAGGGUGACUUGGGGGUUGAAGAGUAUCUAUCAGAGACAGCUAUCCCGGUUACAUGUAAAAGAGAAAAAUACGUAGCGGAAGUGGACUUAGCCGAUGAUAGGAAUGAGGUUUUGGGAAACAACAAAAUGUGUACCGCAAUAAGGUUGCACGGCAUACCAUCAAAUUUCGAUACGUCCCGGAUACAACAACGUGAAUCUUUGGGUGUAGUCAUAUGCUGGCUGACACGUAGGAAACUACUAGUUGGGGUAAAAAAUGUGUUGCGUAUCGUAGACUUACUCCCUGCAUGUGUAGAAGAAAUGGAUGAUGUGUUCAAUAAUAAUGCCGUCAAAGGACGUAUCAAGCUCCUCGAUAUUGAAAAAAGAUCUAACCAAACGGAAGCAGGUGGUAUAAGCCAAUUGGUAUUCAUGGUAAAGAAAAGGGAGACACGAGCUGUGCCUUUGAGAGGCCGCCUUUCUUACACCUUCACUGGGCCGCAAACAUACCGUAUAGUGGCAAUUAUGAGACACCCUAACAUUGGGAAUUUCUCUGUGGCAUAUGUAAUGGAUAAGAAUCUUUCUAGAGUCGAAAUAUCUCACACCAAAAAGGGCUAUGGGUGUUCUUCCUUUGAAGUGGUCGACCGCAACGAGGUUGGAGCAAAUCCGAAUGCAUCGGUGUCUGCUGACCUAGAAUACGAUGGUCAAUCGUGUUACACUUUUACCGCGUUCGAUGUCUGCUAUAGUGAUCUAUAUUUAAAUGAUACGUUUGUGCGAUGUCUCAAUACGAAUGAUGGGAAACAAGUGAUCAGGCAACAGGCAUUCUUACACGUUUCGUGUAGGAUAACACGACAGAUAUUGGAUAUAUGUAGCACAACACAAGUUACUAUGAAUCAUUUCUGCUGUAACGAUGUGGGUAACGUACAACACUGCCUGGCGAUCAAACAGACACCAAAGCGGACUUUUUCAGACCGACCUAUCGAUGCUUUGUUGCGAGGUAACAAUAAAUCAAUGGACCGUCAUACCGGGAAUAAUCUAAUUGAGUGUAACAUUCCUUGUGGAGUUCUCCAUUGCUUCAGUGACCCUGAAAAUUUCGAAGGGAUCUGUCUGGUAAAUCGUGGAUUGAUCUUGUCAAUCACAGGAGCUACGAUGACGCAACAUUUCAGCCAAGAAUGCGAACACGGUAAUUACCAUCAUGCUCUCAAAGAAAUUAUGCAUAUUUCGCGAUCUUUCAACGUGACAUCGAACUGGGAAACUUACGUACAUGACCAUGUUCAGCAAGGGCUGGAAUCUAUGCUAUCAUCUAGGUAUCUAGAUGUCAAGAAAAUAGCGUGUUUCAUUAUUUCGUACCUCCAAUUUUGCAUUGAACUAAUGGAUAGUCGUACAUAUGUGUACCGCGUGAGGGAACUUGUCUCAACAUUCGCAGCCCACCGCAGGCUCAACGUCCUACUAGGCUAUGUACUCCAAGGGCAGAUGCUAUCUAUUACAAACCAACAUACGAUCGUAUCUAACAUUGUCCUGCCAUCUGUUUUCGAUGUUCUACAAGUGGAUAUGCCCUUCGUAUUGCUAAGAUUGGCAGUUACCAAAAACCUCAAUGUCGAACAGAUACGGCUCAUGCUUCGUUUAUUGAAAGAUUUUGUAUCAGACUUGACGCACAAAUGUUAUUUUGAUAGUGUUAGAAGAGAUGAGGGAUGUGAGUACAAAUUUUGGAACGUUUACGGUCGAGUAGAGGUUGGUAAAUGUGACGGCGGGGCGCAUUGGAUUUUAACUACGAAACCCAUAGCUAUCUCUGCGUUUGAUCCAGAAAAUCUGGAUUACAAAGAAACGAGGCAGAGUAAAAAUCCAAAAACGCAGAUGGGAUAUACCUUAUCUAACUUGUUACCGCCUCUACAGGGCGAUGUAUGUCUGCAAGAAUAUGAUGGUGCACGGUAUUCCCGGCUCUACAGAACUGGCAGCCUAAUUUCCGUGAAAGCGAUUGUGGAACACAGCGUAGACGUCUAUGAAUGGUCAUAUGGAGGUGCCCAAAGGUCAGAACUGUUGCGUGCAGUGGAGGAAAUCGAUUUGGAACUGGUUGAUGCAACGGUUUCUGACAGCGUAGCUAUUAAUGAGAUUUACAGCGAUUACGAACUGCUGAGAUAUCUAACUCAUAGCUCGAAGGACUUUUUGGAGAGCUCCAGCCAUAUGGAUUAUGGGCCACGGGGGAGGGCUGCAAUGAUGGCUAUAGCAGCGUUACUCUCUAAAGUGGGACGGCAUAAUCAGGCAUUCAAGUUUCUGUUACUUGCACAGUCUUCCAUGGCUGUGGAACUUGCCAAAAUACUUUGUGAUAUGGAACCAGCUGCAUAUCAAGAUGUCAUGCGUGCGACAUUACAACUCUAUCGCAUCCAUCCACAAAUGACGAACGAGAUGGCAAUAGAGCGAUUCAACACACCAGAUUGCAUCAAAGUGGUGGUAAAGUCACUGUCAUUGGAGCCUCGAUUUUUGUUUAGUUACCUAAAUGGGAUUCAAAGUGAAGCGAAACUGUCGCUUGAAUACCUACCUUUGUAUUUCGGUCUACUUUGCCUUUUUAAACCAAUAGAAGCCACAGUUUUUGUAAAACAGUGGUAUACAUUUUUGAAGUCGGACCAGGAUCUGGUUGAUCAUUUUAUUAAGGUAAUAAUGGAGGCUAGGCGGAUGCUCGUAGCGUCGGAUACUGGUGGUAAAUUCUCAAGCUUGGAGAUCCAGAAGGAACUAUAUUUGGCGGAAUCAUUUUUGAGAUGGAUUGGAGGUCAACCCUGGGAUCAGGUUUACAGCUCCGUCAUGUUAGCAUUACGUUUGGAUUUCGUGCACCGCGACGAUAGUUCAUGGGAACAGGCCUCUGCUAAGGAUAUCCACAGAAGGCUUUUGCCUUUAUUGUGCAAAACAUUUGAUACAAAUGCAGUUGAAAGUGUAUAUCAUCGUAUCGUGAAAGAAUAUGCUGCGAAAGGGAAGGCCGACAAGCGGUACGCCGAUACUGCGAUGGAGCUGUACCUUUGCCACUUACGGUCUAAUACGAGCAUCCUCUCAGCGCAAUACACGUCAUGCGUAGGAUCGAUGAGGCGCAUUUCCAACCUGUUGUUGAAAGCAUCCAAAAGGGGUAUUGUUUUCUCUGGCACCCAAAGGACUACCGCGUUUGUCGAUUCGACUCUCGAUUACAACGAAGAACAGCAAGUCGCUGAGGACUACGGAAAUGGAAUUGCGGGUGGAAAUACGCCGGUGAUGCGCGUUAUGGCUAACGGCAGAUUCGUAGGUCAAGUGGAUCCUGCGAAUAAUGGCGAGAUGACGUCUCGGGUACGUGUUAAAACGUUAGCCACGCCAAAAGUUUCAAAUGUUUACGGCAUAUGCAAUCGCUUAAGUGAUGGUGAUACUUUAAUCAGCAGCACUAACAUAUGCGUCGUCUGUAACUCGUUGGUACUUGCUACCCAUUGGGACAUGGGUAAUGCAGCCCACAUCGUUGACACAAUUCGAGACCACCUUGUAGUAUCAGCCAGUUAUCUGCAACAACCUACAAAUUCCAAUAUGAUCUAUUUCUUCUGUGGGCAUGUGAUGCACGAGUUCUGUCAAAUCAGACUCAUAAACCAGGCUGUGUCACUGCGGCUGCGUGAUGGCCGAGAACGAGUGGAAGCGGCCGAACAUACCGGAAGUAGCCAAAUUGGUUCGUAUCGAUGCAAGAGCGGGCAAAGUGAGAAUUUAAGAUCCGCUUGUCUAGUCUGUCUACAUGACUUGAAGGGGCAUGCAUGA